AGCAAAGAUAAUAGCAGAAGCAACUCCAGAAAGAAGAAGAAGAAAAAGCUGAAGCAAAAGUAUAUAUCAUCAAAAGUGAGAGAUAGGAUCAAAAGGUAGAAAAAAGGUCAUCAAGAGGCAAUUUCUUCCAUGGAAGUUACUCGCAAAAUGGCCAACAUGCUUGGAACAGAGCGUGAUUUGAACUUCAAAGAGACUGAGCUGUGUCUUGGAUUGCCUGGUGGAGGUGGUGGCGGUGGAGGUGCUGGUGGUGGUGGUGGAAAUGAAGUGGAAAGUUCCCCAAAGACUACUGGGAAAAGAGUUUUCUCUGAGACUGUUGAUUUGAAACUUAAUCUUCAGUCUAAGGAAAAUGGCAUAGAUCUGAGCAAGAACAUAGAGAACGGUUCAAAAGAGAAGAAUCUCCUCCCUGCUUGCACCAAAGAUCCUGCAAAACCACCAGCCAAGGCACAAGUUGUGGGUUGGCCACCAGUUCGAUCUUACAGGAAGAAUAUUAUGGCUAACCAGAAGAACAGCAAAGAGGGAAGUGAGAAAGCUAGCAGCGGCAGUGGCAGCGGCAGUAGCAGUAGCAGUGCAGCAGCCUUUGUGAAGGUUUGCAUGGAUGGGGCCCCAUAUCUGCGCAAGGUAGAUUUGAGGAUGUACAAGAGCUACCAAGAGUUAUCUGAUGCCUUGGCUAAGAUGUUCAGUUCCUUCACUAUGGGAAAUUAUGGAUCUCAAGGAAUGAUAGACUUCAUGAAUGAGAGCAAGUUGAUGGAUCUUCUCAACAGUUCUGAUUAUGUGCCAACCUAUGAAGAUAAGGAUGGCGACUGGAUGCUCGUGGGUGAUGUCCCAUGGGAGAUGUUCGUUGACUCAUGCAAACGCUUGCGCAUAAUGAAAGGAUCAGAAGCAAUUGGGCUUGCUCCAAGAGCAAUGGAGAAAUGCAAGAGCAGAGCCUAAAGCUUAUACCAAGCCUCAGGCCAGUUACUGGCUCUUUUCCAAGUUCUGUAUCCCUAAAGCCUGGAGCCCUGGACAAAGGGCAUAGUUGCUACAACCAGAUCCUGGAAUAGAGCAAAAAGCUAGUUGGCUGCAGCUUCUUUGGGUGUGUCUGUGUAUUUCUAUUUGAUAUGUUUUGGUAUAUAGAUAUGCAGAGAGAUAUGGGACAUUUGUAAUGAACAAGAAGCAAUAAACUUAACCAUAUUGUCUAGCUUGUUUAUUGCUAAUGUGGCUUGUUUAAUAAUCACCUGUUUUUGCUGUUGUCUGCUCGUCCUUGCUGUCAUAGACUCACAGUUUGUUGUGUUUGUGCUCUAUUCCUUCCCCCUCAGUUUUAAUUAAUGUCAAUACUUUUAUCUUUCUUCCUCUCCUCCCCAAUCAAAAAGAUUCUUCAUAUCAUGCAAAAUUUCAUAUUCUUCAUUUAUUAAUUUAAUUAUUGCUGUUAUUAUAUGUAUAUUAGAGUUGAAAUUUAUCAGAAUUCAGG